AUGACUGUGCUCAGGAAUCUGCCCCGGACAGCCUACAGAGCUCAUUCGCUAUCUCGACUGAGCUCCGUCAGUAAGCUAGCUACGGCCUCGCCUCUCGCACACUACAGCCGCCAUUCGGUCGUAGAUGCACGCACUCGUAGAGAGCAACCGAGAGGAUAUCUCGAGCAUGCGAUACCACUUGCAGGAAACAUGAAGCACUCCGGUCCAUCGCCGCUCAGGAGCAUAGAAGCACACAGACGUCACGCGAGCAGCUCAGUUGCCGGUCAACCGGCGUCCUCUUCCUUCAAAGAAACCGGUCAGAAUGCCAAGCAAGAAGCCUCAAAGGCAGUCAAAGAUGUCACGCAAGCCAUCUCGGGUGCCAAUGCUACAACCUCUCAGCUUCAAGGCGGCGAUCUCUCUGAAGCAGAAUCAUCGCUGAAAUCCGUGGAGAACAUCAUGGAGAAUGUCCCUCGCGAAGCGAUAGUGUGGGGCGCUGCUGGCCUCAUCCCGUACGUAGCCACAUCGCUCACCACGGUCUAUCUGGCGCGUGUAGCGGGUCAAGCCCAAGCUGCAGAGAUGCUCGGUAGAGGCCAAUCGCCCAUGAAUGAAGAGACUGCUCUCGCUCUGCUGCACCAUGUCGAGCACAUCCAAGUCUCAUACGGCGCAAUCAUUCUGUCUUUCUUAGGCGCGCUGCACUGGGGCAUGGAGUUCUCGGCCUUUAACGGACGCAAAGGCAACACAAGAUACGUCAUCGGUAUCGUGCCCGUAGCGGUAGCCUGGUCGACCCUUCUCGUACCCACUCACCAGAUUGCUCUGGCCAUUCAAUGGGCCGCAUUUGUGGGAGUUUGGUGGGCAGAUUGGCGAACAUCUACCUGGGGCUGGACGCCCAAAUGGUAUGCGACUUAUCGAUUCGGGCUGACAGCGAUCGUCGGCUCGGCUAUCCUCGUCAGUCUGGGCGGAGCGAAUUAUUUUGGUCCUGACAAAGGCGGCCCGGGCUCGCUUACUUCGCAACGCCUUGCAGAGAUUCGUCAGAGGGAGUAUCCAGAGCUUGCAAACAGCGAGGACGCGGCAUCUGGUCGAGCCGUGACGAAAAAGAUUGGCGGUGACAUCAACGCGGAGAAGACAAAGAGCGGCGAUGCUUAUGUUCAGUUCACAAACGUGCCUCGACAGAAAGAGAAGGAAGAGGAAGAGCGCAAGAAAGCGGAAGAAGAAGAGAAGAAGAAGCAGGCAGAAGCUGCAAAGGAGAAGAAAGCAGCAGUCGAGAAGAAGAGGAAAGAAGCAGAAGGUCAAUGA